ACCAAAAUCAUAUGCACCAAAACCAGAUAAAUGAUCCGUCUCCAAAUCCACUACGUGUACUGCUCACACGGUUGCCUCCGAUAAACUAUAUCGUCUCCGUGAUAUUAUAGUACUCUCACUAUCCUGUCCAUCAAUGUCUCACUAUCCGUUACGCUCCGAAAUCCGAACCUCUCGCACGUCCUCCGAAUCUCAGCAUUCGCCUCCCAUACGCCUAUAAACGGCCCAGAUUUCAUCUCUCUCUCUAUCUCUCUCUCGAAAUUUACACUCUUCUCGUUCUCUGAAACGCAAUCUCUCUCUCUCUCUCUCUCUCUCUCUCUCUGUAGCGUGUCGGAGAUCCAUGGCGGACCAUGAGGGCGAGCCGGUAACGCUGGUCGAGAAGAUCGUGGAGAAGAUCCACGACCACGAUGACUCCUCUUCGUCGUCUUCCUCCGACUCUGACGAUGACAAGUCGAAGUCCUUCGACUCUGCCAAAUCCAAGAUUUUUAGACUCUUCGGCCGCGAAAAGCCCCUCCACAAAGUUCUUGGCGGUGGAAAAUCUGCUGAUGUUUUCCUAUGGAGGAACAAGAAAAUCUCUGCAGGUGUGCUUGGUGGUGCCACUGCAUUGUGGAUUCUCUUUGAGUUGCUUGAAUACCACUUAGUCACUCUGGUUUGCCACAUACUAAUAGUCUCUCUGGCUAUCCUUUUCCUGUGGUCUAAUGCAUGCACAUUUAUUAACAAGUCUCCACCACGCAUCCCAGAGCUUCGACUUCCUGAGAAUUGUGUCCUUGAGGUUGUCUCCACAGUGAGGAUUGAAAUCAAUUUUGCCUUGGCUGUAUUGCGGGAUAUUGCAUCUGGGAGAGACUUCAAGGAGUUUCUUGGUGUUAUUGCUGGCUUGUGGGUUCUGUCACUUGUUGGGAAAUGGUGCAACUUCCUGACCUUGUUCUACAUAGCCUUUGUCUUACUGCACACACUACCUGUGCUAUAUGAGAAAUAUGAAGACCAUGUUGAUUCAUUUGCUGAGAAGGCAACGGCUGAGAUCAAGAAGCAGUAUGUAGUGUUUGAUGCAAAGGUUUUAAGCAAAAUUCCCAAAGGGCCAUUGAAAGACAAGAAGAAGGAUUAGAUACAUAAUGAUAGUUUCUUUUUUUGAUAAGCACAUAAUGAUAGUUUCUCUUAAGCCUAAUGAUAGUUUCUCAGUAGGCUUAAGUUGAGAUUGGGCAACUGUAUUGUCAAGAUGGAGGUCCGACUCUUUAUCCACAAGAGUUGGUGCUUCUAUUUUAUUGUUCUGCUUCACAGACAGUUUAAACCAAUAUAUGGUAUUGAGUAAGAUUGUCUUGAGGUUUAGAUCUUACUAGUUGGACUUCCUUUAGAUGGAUGAUUAAGCCGGAUAAUAAUGUCCACUGUUCCUUAUAAAGUUGUGGUUGUGCUCUAAUGAGUAAUAUUUCAAUUCUUAACCGUAUUCUAUGACUAAGCA